AUGUUCUCAACUAUCACCCAAGCCACUGAAUGUGUUACAUCUCACAAUUCCAGCUUGAAACUCACCACUUCAGACAUCUUAGCGCAACCUCUUCGGCUGUCUUUUAUGGAAUCUCAUGUUGCUACUCUCACCUGGUUGAGAACUACUCGGUUGAGCGGAUCCGCUCAAAGGGUUUUCUCAGAACCCAAUGCUGAUCUCUCCAAACGAAACCAUCAUCCUUGCUUCUCCCGCUCAACCCCUUUCUAUUCUCAACAUGACUUUCUCUCUUCCUCAAACUCUGACCAUCAAUCGGCUCCAAUUAAACACUUGAGAGUCUGCUCUUGUCCAGAACCAAACAUAAAAAUAACUCAUCUUUGGUUCCUUACCCGCGGUGCCUAUUUCAGCUCGGUGUCUCAGAAUGAUGUUGAAUUCCAGGAAAAACAUGGUGAUCACAGCUCUGGUCUACAGGGAACAGAUCAACUGGUAGAAUACGUUGUACCAUUUCCCUCUUCGGACCUAGACUGGCCCAGCCUUCAUGGCAUCAAAUAUCACCCUUCAGAAGCUGAAAUUGCUUCGGCAUGCUCAAGCUCAGCGAGGUCUCCCAUCGCCAUACUGGAGCUCGGCACACCUAGCUCUGAUACCUUUUUGGGUUCCGAUGUCAGCUUUUCACCUGUCCAACCAACUCUCAAUUGUCUUGAAGGCUCUAGUCUGGUAAAUGAAGUAGUCUGGGAGGAUCGGUCACACCAUAGGAUAUCCAGGAUGAUAGAGAAGGAAUUACGGGCUUCAAUCCAGAACCCCCCCUUUGAAUCUUGCAGGAUAGCCUCGGAAGUGAGGCAGGAGGUGGUGAAUUGGCUCCUACAAUUUGAUCUACACCUUCGUCGGUACCCUGACAUUCCUUCCUCCACUCGACACCGAGCUAUCACGUUAUUUUCCGCGUUUUGGUCUCAGGAUUCAAUCCCUGGCAAUAUGUUGUUGGAAGAUAUUCAAACGGUCGCUCGUCGAACAGGUGUUGCGUGCUUGAUACUAGCAUGUAAGGUUGAUAUCGAUGGUCUUCAACCUCUCUUCAAUGUCCGUCUGGAGGUCUGGGUCAAUAGGGUCGUGACCUCAGGCUGGGUAUCAGCAGAUCCACAAUCUCUAGCGUCAGACGAACGCGCAAUAUUGAGGGGGUUGUCUUACAAUGUCACCGCACCAAGUCCCUUUGACUUUGUAUCCGAGCUCCAAAUUGCGUCCUUUGAAUUGAUGAGACUUGUGAACCACUGGCCAGAGGAUUGGGAGAUGAUUCACGAGGGAUUCAAGAUAAUUCUUGAGAGGACAGUUCAAACAACCGAGUACAUACAGUACCCGACCUCGGUCCUCACAGCAGCAGCUCUGUUUCUGAGUCUAGAAGGAUGUCUCUUUGAUCAUCCGUUCGAACAAAGUGUUGUCGAAGGACGUCAGUGGUCCAGAGAUCCGGAUGGAACAUGGACCGAAAGUGUCCAUCCGAAUGCCCCUAAGACAGUAAGGGUGCAUAUGCUCAGUGAAGUGUUGUGCGAGAUGUUGGUCGAGGUGGUACAGGAGGAUAUCAUGGCUUCGGUUUGUGAUCUACUGGACUUAGACGAGGAGGAAGUUGAAGAGUGCCAGAACUGGUGCCGAUCACUCUGA